CUGAGUGGGUGACACACACUCUGGGAACACGUAAAUAAAAAUCCGAUGACGUCACCAGUGGGUCGACCCAGAGACCUUGGCCGCGGGACGUUAUAGAAAUGGAUGUUGACCGCGCAAAGACGUUACGAAAAAACAAAACACUCGACACCGCGUUUUCCCGCGUUUUCUUUAUUUCCUUAUCAUAUCUUUUGGUACGACCACAGACUCAGGACUUAAAUACUAAAUAGUUAAACAGAAAUAAAAAUACGAAUUACGAGUGUACGAAGCGCAACGCACAAAAACAACAAAAUUUUGAAAUCUAAUAUAUUAUUAUUGUCUAUUGGUUUCAAUGACUAAUGACUAUCUAGUAAUAUAAAAUAUAAAUCAUAAAACGACAAUAAUCAUGUCCGACAAUCAGUUUCCGGACUACCUUAAUGUCUACUACAAAAAAUUGUUCCCGUACUCGCAGUUUCACAAGUGGUUGUCCUACGGGAACGUGAAACCAGAAAACUUUUUAAACAGAGAAUUUUCGUUCACUUUACAUGAAGAUAUUUAUAUUAGAUAUCAAUCGUUCAACACAUUGCAAGAAUUUGAAACCGAAGUUCAAAAUAGAUGUCCUUUUAAAAUAGAUAUUGGAGCUGUGUUCAAUAUGAGUCCCAAAGUCUGCCGAAAUUAUCCUCAGUUUCAUGCUCUUGAAAAAGAAUUAGUGAUUGAUAUUGAUAUGACUGACUAUGAUCAGAUCCGUACUUGCUGUUCAGGUGCUGACGUCUGUCAAAAAUGUUGGAGAUUUAUGGUUAUUGCUGUAAAAAUAUUGGAACGAGCAAUUCGGGAUGAUUUUGGAUGGAAGCAUUUGUUGUGGGUAUUCUCAGGUCGCCGAGGUAUCCAUUGUUGGAUAUGUGAUGAAUCUGCAAGAAAACUCUUACCUUCUGAACGUGGAUCGUUUAUUGAUUAUUUAGCUGUAUUAUCUGCUGGAGAUUCAAAAAGAUACAAUGUAAAUCAUCCAUCUGUGAAGCGCAGUAUUGCCAUUAUUAAAGAAGAGUUCAAUUCACUUCUUGCUGAACAAGAUUUCUUAGGAACGACUGAACAGUGUAAUAAAAUUUUGUCAUUUAUAGCUGAUGAAAAACUUAAGGAACAAAUUAAUUUACAAUUUUCAAAGUAUCAAAGUAGUAUACAACGAUGGGAAGCACUAACUGUUAUUGUUAAUAAUAACCAUAAAAGGGGACAAUUAAACUUUAAAACAAAACAUUGUGUGGAAGAUAUUUUGUUGUACCUGGCAUAUCCAAGACUUGAUGUGAAUGUAACAAAAGGGUUAAAUCACUUGUUGAAGUCUCCUUUCUGUGUUCAUCCAAAAACUGGAAAAAUUUGUAUACCAAUUAACCCAAAAGUUAUAGAAAAAUUUAACCCAAACACUGUACCCACAAUCAAUGUUUUAAUUGAUGAAAUCAAUGAGUAUGACAAAAAACAAAAAGAAAUUAUCAAUGAUGCAAACCUGAGUAGUAAUCGCUUAAAGGAUUAUAAAAAAACAUCAUUAUUAAAAAGCGUCAAUAUCUUUGAAGAAUUUUUAAGAAGUUUAGAAAAUACUUGGAAAGGAAGUAGAAUAAAACAAAGUGAUAUUAAAAUGGAAUUUUAAAAUGUACAGCGUCUUUUAACUACUGUUAAAAUAUUGUGAACUCGCUGAACGAAUUGUGUCAUUUACUACUAUUGUAUUACUAUUAAAAUGUUUAUAAUAUAUAA